AUGGCGAAGAUUGAAAGUUUUGGAUGCAAACAUUACAGAAGAAAGUGUUUGAUCAUUACAGACUGCUGUAAGCGCACAUAUCCAUGUAGACUUUGUCACAACCAUAACGAGGACCAUAAAAUGAUUAGGCACAGAACGAAGUAUAUGCUGUGUUUGUGUUGCGGAAUGAUACAAGGAGCAAGCCAAUACUGUGUCAUGUGCAAGGUAAAAAUGGCAAAUUAUUUCUGCAAAAUUUGCAAGUUUUGGACGGAUUCGCUUGGUGUAUUCCAUUGCAAGCAGUGCAAGGUUUGUAGAGUGGGGAAUAAGAAGAACUUCUUCCACUGCACUGGAUGCAACGCAUGCCUGCCCAGAGAACUGCUGAACAACCACAACCAUGUAGAGAACACACUGAAAAGCACCUGUCCUAUUUGCGCAGAGUUUAUGUUUGAAAGUGUGAACGAUGUGGUGCUGCUGAACUGUGGCCAUUCAAUCCACUUUGCCUGCUUCAAAAUUUACAAGGAAUCAUCGUUUCAGUGUCCCGUGUGUCUGAAAUCGGCCGGAGAUACAAAGGUCCUGAACGAACGAAUCGAUUGCAUACUGAGCAAUAAUGUUGGCCUAAAUGCCAAACGACAAAACUACAUGUGCCAGGUAUCGUGCUUCGACUGUCAGUCUGUGAGCAAGACUAUCUACACAUUUCUAUACAACAAGUGCGCCAAAUGCGGAUCUUAUAAUACACGUAUCAACGAGCUUUAUAAGACAGAAUAA